UUUCUAUUUGGGCUUCUCUAACAAAAGACUUCAGGGCCCUCUAGCAACCGUCAGGAUGAUCUCCCUUAAGGUCGCUCUUCUGCUUUGUGUCCUGAUGAUGAACAGCGUCACUGGACAAUCAGGCGUAACUGGAACUAAUCAGACAGCCAGGCUCAUAACCAAGAGUCAGGGCCUGAUCACCCCUACGGCGCAAAGCAGUGGUACAGUUCGAGAAGGCAACUGGACAGCUUCAAGCGAGCACGAGGGUACGACUGACCCUUCCUCCAACUACACGCUGAUGCUAGUGUUCGAGGUGCGAAAUUUGGUGGAUAAUCUCCAGAACUUGAACGUUACAGAAGAAGAGUUUGUAACGACCUAUCAAAAGGUGUUGAACCUCACGUUUGAGAUCGAUUCGUACUUUGGAGAUGAUCUAUCCAAUGAUACGGCCCUGAUGUACUCAGAGAUCAGUGCAGACUUCUUCAAUAUCACGAGAAAAGAAUGUCCCGACUAUCAGAAAGUAAAGGAAAAUAUUGAGAAGUGCCCUAAUACGACCCAAAGCAUAGAAAUUGCGUAUGAACAAGGGGAUCUUACAUUUUGUAGGUCAUGGCAACGCAGGCAUGGGUGUUUGACUAAAGCAACCGAUGCUUUGAAAUGCAGUUCCCGUUUAUCAGCCACACUAACAAACAGAAACUCCCAGAUGGCCAACAUCUCAGCACUUUGCUCCAGAAGAUGUUCAGACCUCAUGGGAUUAUCACGCCGCUGUAUUGAACUGGAAUCAGAUAUAAGGGACCACCAGAAGAACGUAACCUACAUGAGACACAAGUGCGACUCAGCGUUAGCCUCCGGUUGUCUAAACAUAAGCGUUACAGAGCCGUGCUCGUUGCUGUGGUCAUACAUUCAGUCCAAGCAUCCAGGCUUCGUACGAGAAAUCCUGGAUGUUUGCAUACCUAAGGCGGCUAAAGAGGAGUCAGUCACAGGUCAACUCCUCACACAUACCCGGUCAGUGGCCAUUAUCACUAACAUUACCUACUGGUCAGAGAAUGUGACAUGGGUAAAGGCCAACCAAAGCAUCGCAGUGGAGCCGACACGAGGUCUAAGUUCAGAAACGACUACUUCGUCAGUCGAGAUUCCCACGCCUACAAAUGAGUUGACACGAAGUACAACAAACACUGCCCCAUCCACUACUACAACAAAUCUUGAAACACCUGGUCCCAAAGUUCCUUGGCAGCGACCUUACAACUGGAUCCCCUGUGCAGAGGACGAGAAAGCAACAGGUUUGGGCGUGGCCUGCGGUGGAUGGUCAGUCUGGUGUUUGCUGAUGGAAUGGGUUUUUCUUCAUGUUGUUAUGACCACGUUAAUAUAAGAGAGGUGAAACCCUUGGCAGACUUGGCGCGCUGGGUGUUGUUACGGACCAACAAACACCAAAAGGCUAUAUUUUAAGGAAGUGAGUUUAAGGUCAGCUUUCCACGCUAUUUGUUACUCGUGUUAAAUAGCGGUGUUUAUGUUUGUUGGUCAUGUCAAUAGUGAUAUUUAUGUUGUUGCUCACAGUAAAUAGUGGUGUUUAUGUUGUUGCUCAUAGUAAAUAGUGGUGUUUAUGUUGUUGCUCAUAGUAAAAAGUGGUGUUUAUGUUACUCAUAGUAAAUAGUGGUGUUUAUAUUGUCGCUCACAGUAAAUGGCGUUGUUUAUGUUGUUGCUCACAGUAGAUAGUGGUGUUUAUGCUUGCUGCUCACAGUAAAUAAUGGUGUUUAUAUUUGUUGUCACGUAAAUAGUGGUGUUUAUGUUGUUGCUCUCGAAAAAUAGUGAUUUUUAUGAUUGUUGCUCGCAGUAAAUAGUGGUGUUUAUGUUACUCAUAGUAAAUAGUGGUGUUUAUGUUACUCAUAGUAAAUAGUGGUGUUUAUGUUACUCAUAGUAAAUAGUGGUGUUUAUGUUACUCAUAGUAAAUAGUGGUGUUUAUGUUCUUUCUUACAGUAAAUGGCGUUUUUUAUGUUGUUGCUCACAGUAAAUAGUGGUGUUUAUGCUUGCUGCUCACAGUAAAUAAUGGUGUUUAUAUUUGUUGUCACGUAAAUAGUGGUGUUUAUGUUGUUGCUCUCGAAAAAUAGUGAUUUUUAUGAUUGUUGCUCGCAGUAAAUUGUAAUGUUUAUAUCAGAUGUUUGAACACAAUGUGGGUCUUCUGGAAUUUUGAAUGACAAUGAUGGCAGACAUUUUUCAGUUCAAACAAAAAACUGUUCCGAAAGUAGAGCAUUAGAUGACGAAAUAUUAUGAUAGAGGAUUUCAUUAUACGAUUAGUUUCAGAAGAGAGCUCGAUAAGGUCUCAUGUUUUAUUCCAGCUUCAGCUGUGUGGCGUGCUGCCUCGGGUCAGAUUGUUUGCCAAGUUACUGGAGAACGGCGAUUUCUUUUUGCUCACAAACUUUGCCACUGCCGCACAAGUCAGAUUUUCUUCAAUAUGGUAAAAACCUCCAGUUAAAUAAAUACACCAGUCAAAUGACUGAACAUCCUCCGUUUGGGGAAUCUGACAAGAUUGAAGCUUUGUGUUUUAUUGUAAAUAUAAGCGUCAAGUCCGACAUUCCUAUACCAUUCGUAGUCCGUAAAGGACGUUCCAAGUCGAUAAUCGCAAGAUCCAUUUCCACAACAACGUUUAACACUAACUCCCGAAGACAAAGGUAUGUAAGAAAUUAUACAAAUAAGAAAUAAAGCCGGUAACACACAAGAGAGAAGCGGUCUUCAGUUUUCAAUGAUGCCGGGCAGACAAUGAAUAUUCCAGGCAUGAAUUCCAUACCAAAGUUCAAAUUCGUAGUCCGUGAAUGAGUUCCAUGUCAAAUAAUAGCUAAACAAGUAUCUCAGUCGCGCUUUAUUUGCAACUGUUCAUAAAGGCAUCAUGCUGAUGUAAUUAACAUGGCUACCUUUACGGCCCCUAGCCCCAGGUUUAGCGGUAUUAGAUACAGUUUGAAAAUGACGAGCGUUACAGACCCCCAACUGAUCAGAUUAUGAUUCACUACGUUAUGUACUAUGUCUUCAUGUUCACGGAGUAAGAAAUUCCAUUGGUUUCCCGAAACGAAGAUAUAAAGUUAAUGUUUUACCACGGCGAGGCACCGUUGCACAGCCGUGUGUAUUGUGGAUUGAAUACAGCAUUGUGCUGUAGAUUGAAUAGUCUUGUGUGAAUGUUUGAAUCUUAUAAGCAUUGUUCUGUAGAUUGAAUAGUCUUGUGUGAAUGUGUGAAUUCAAUAGGCAUUGUGCUGUAGAUUGAAUAGUCUUGUGUGAAUGUGUGAAUCUUAUCAGCAUUGUUCUGUGGAUUGAAUAGUCUUGUGUGAAUGUGUGAAUCCUAUAAGCAUUGUGCUGUAGAUUGAAUAAUCUUGUGUGAAUUCAAUAAGCAUUGUGCUGUAGAUUGAAUAGUCUUGUUUGAAUGUGUGAAUUCAAUAAUCAUUGUGUUGUAGAUCGAAUAGUCUUGUGGGAAUGUGUGAAUCCAAUAAGCAUUUUGCUGUGGACUAAGUAUAUAGCCGUACCGAAUGGGUUGAAUACAGCAUUGUGCUGUAGAUUGAAUAGUCUUGUGUGAAUGUGUGAAUCCUAUAAGCAUUGUUCUGUAGAUUGAAUAGUCUUGUGUGAAUGUGUGAAUUCAAUAGGCAUUGUGCUGUAGAUUGAAUAGUCUUGUGUGAAUGUGUGAAUUCAAUAAUCAUUGUGUUGUAGAUCGAAUAGUCUUGUCUGAAUGUGUGAAUCCAAUAAGCAUUUUGCUGUGGACUGAGUAUAUAGCCGUACCGAAUUGGACUGAAUACAGCAUUGUGCUGUGGAGUAAGAAGCCGCGUCGUGAGAACUGGACGCAGUUUUGUGAUGUGGCUUAGCUAUAGUCGUGUAAUUUUGUAUUGAACUCAGUUCAAUGCCUUCGAUUAACUAUUGUCUUGUGUUUAAUAUUGUGGUGGGUGUAAUAUAGUCUCGUAUUGUGGAUUGCAUAGUCUUAAAUUUUCGCGUGAAUUGAAUAGUUGCGUGAUUUGAAUUGAUUAUAAUCCGAUGAUUGUGAUUACAUGAUUCCCUGUCUUGUGGAGUAAAUAUUGUUUUGUAUUGUUGCAUGAAAUUUGAUCCGGAGCUGUGAACCACAUACCAUCUUCGCUGUACAAUGUAUUAUCUUGUUUAGGAGUUUAUACAAAUCUGUUGUGCUGAACUGGAUAUAGUGAUAAAAAGUGGCAUUUGUAUCUGUCAUUUCAUAAAGAUACAUAAAAUCGUUUGGGUGCACUCGGAUUUGCUGUAUGUACAUAAAAGACUAUGCUUGAAACAAGAAAUAUUGCAUUUUCAUAAGGAUUUUAAGCUUCUUAAUAUGUUUUCCACUAUUUAAUUACGUGUAAGCAUCUGUCCGAGCUAUGGAUUUUGGGACAUCGCCUAGCGCGGGGGAUAAUAAAAUUUGUCGUAAACUGUUAUUACGGCACACGCUGAAUACAUUUUUUUUAUUUGGUGGGAAUUUAUCAAUUGAUUAAAAAUGAAAUUAAAAAACAGUUAGCAUAUAACUUUUUAUGAUAAAUAAAUGGAUUUGCUGAAAGAGGUAAAUGAUAUGGAGCAUGACAUAUUUAGCAAUAUUUGUGUGCAAAACCUGGAGCAUGACAUAUUUAGCAAUAUUUGUGUGCAAAACCAGGAAGUGUAUAUGGAUAUGAUUAUUUCAACUGAUCAUUGCAGUAGUAGUUACACACUGGGUCUGAAAUGUGGAGAAAUACGUGGAUUCGAACAUAGCUGUGGAUGGUGGUGCGCUAUGAGUCUAAGAAAGUAUAGAUUACAGUGGUCAGCUGUUGAUCAAAAUACUUCUCCACAGUGUUUGUGAUGUCCGUCGAUUUGUGUUCAGAUUUGUUUGUAUUGAUUACACUGGUAUUUGUGUGAAAUAAAAUAUAUAGAUUAUAUAUGAAAAA